CUACAUAAUUUUUUUUUUUUAUAAUCCUAUAAGAAAUAGAAGAUAGCAUAUCCAUAUAAUAUAAUAUAAUAUACUAAAAUGACGAUGACGGCUAUGGCCGUCAUGGCGGCCGGGUUGGGACCCCGAUGUCUAGCUUUUGUGGGAGGCAGCGGCCAGUUGGCCACGUGUCAUAGCCAGGACCAGCGUCCCUAUCAUGAUUCUUCUGUUCUUAUUCGCGGACGUCAACGAAUAACCUCGGGGAUAUCGACAUCCUCGCCUGACGUUUGCAGCGACUGUCAUCGCAGCAUUGCCACGUGGACACGUAGUCCACAUUCUCAGUACUCCACGUGGCGGUAUCCCGAUGGGCGGCGACGCGGGCGGGUCGGGGGAGGGAGAGUUAGGGGCGGAGCAGUACGUUCGGUGGGAGCUUCGGAGAUCCGUCUGCUUCGGCUUCGUCGCCGCGAUGAACGGGAAGGUGGCGGCGGUGGAGGCGCAGGAGGAGGAGGAGGAGGAGGAGGAGGGAGGGAAGGAAGGGCAGGGGGAGGGAGAGAGAGAGAGAGCCGCGGCUUGGGAGCGACCCCGACCCCGACCCGUUGUAUGCGGAGGAGUGGCGGAGGAGCCAUCGCAUUGGGAGCAUUGCUAAGACCAGAUGGUCCCGCAAUGAUGACGAAGGGUCCCGACAGCUGUCACGUGGCCACGGUGACGACAUCUGGCUGGACGGGAUCCCGUCGGCGCAUGCGCCACGUGCCCUCCCUCGCUUCUGCCGUCGGCUCCGCCCAGGGUCGCUACUCCGUCGCCUCAGCUUCCGCUCGCCUGCACGGGAUCUCAUCGAGCGAUGAGAGGUCGGGACCAUCUUCAUACAAUGCGACCAUGGUGCGUCCGCCGCGCACAGAAGAAGCCGAUUGUCGGGAUCUCAUUGUCGGGCAUCUUCUUGCCACGUGGCAGGCGGUGGCGGCGGCGGCGGAGGCAUUCGUCGAUACCCUUCAGACAUCAUCUCGCAUCCAAAUGACCUCAACAGCGCAUCCUUCCCGCUCUGGUUCUCCAUCUCCUCCCCCUCCUCCUCCUCCUCCUCCAUCUCUUCCUUCGUCUUCUCCUUCUUCUUCUUCUUCUUCUUUUAUUCGCAGUGCUUCGUCGCUCUUUCUUCUUCGUUGUGCUUCUCUCUCCUCCUCUUCUUCUUCUUCUUCUGCUGCUGCUGCUGGCGGUGCGGGUGGUGCAUCUGGUGGUAAUGCGAUACCAGGUGGCGUCGGGAUCUUGACUAAACUGGUGCCAUCGUUCAUCUUGUCGGCGUUUGCAGCAUAUCCUGCCACGUGGACGUCGUCGCUCGUCGUCUGUGCAACCAUCUUCUUGUUGGGAUCGCCCGUUCUUCUAUCUGGCCUGUCGGUAUCGGGACUCGUCACCGCGUUCCAGCUCGGGACGGUCGUCUGGCGCGCUUUCGGAGCGGAUGGUUUCCUUAUCGUGGCCAUGUACUUCGUCGUUGGAACGAGUGUGACGAAAAUCCGAAUGAAGCAGAAGGAAAACGAGGGGAUUGCAGAGCAGAAGAAAGGUAGGAGGGGUGCUAAGAGCGUUGUUGGGUCAGGAGUGGCUGGGUUUGCUUGUGGCCUGGCGUCUAUCUUCCAGCUGGGUGGUGGAGCCGCUGAGUAUUUAUGGAAACUGGCUUUCGUUGCAAGCUUCUGCACCAAGCUCAGUGAUACCGUUUCCAGUGAGAUCGGAAAAGCAUAUGGGAAGACAACUUACCUUGUGACGACGAUGAGCGUAGUGCCUAGGGGAACGGAGGGGGCAGUGAGCGUAGAAGGCACAGCGGCAGGGGUCGCUGCGGCGGCUGUCAUGAGCGCAGCUGCACUCGCCAUCAAUCAGGUGAAUGUCCAGGGAGCACUUCUUUGUGUGCUGGCAUCGCAGAUUGCAAAUCUCUUCGAGAGCUACCUGGGUGCGACAUUGCAGGGGAGAGAGGGAACAGAAUGGAUGACAAAUGACCUGGCCAAUGUGCUGAACAUUUCUUUGGGCGCAAUACUGGCUGUGACCUUGAGGAUCGUACUUGGUGGCGUGCGUAUGAGUAUGCAGAUAAGGAGGCGGUCAGGCGGUGGUGAGGAGCGAGCACGACAAAGCUCACGGCGUGAAAAACAGAAAAAACGAGCCAAACGUUUUUGCGGUGCUGGGAUCGCUGGGCUGGUUGUUGCGUCAGUGCAUUCGUCACUGGCAGAGGCUGGUGUCACAGCUGGUACUCCCCUGCACAACAGAAUGUCGGCAUGUUCCUUGGCCAGCGUGCAGCCACUAUGCAGCUUGUAUCGACACGAAGGGAGGUCGAAGCCUCGGAGCCACGAUGUGGCAUGCUCCGCGAUGAGCCCAUCGCAUGGCAUCUUGAGAUGCGAUGGCAGGGUCGCCCUAGGAUUGGGUCCUGUGUUCUCUGGAUGGAGGCCGUUGGCACUGAGGAAAGGGCGCUCCUGGACACAGUGGGCCAGCACAAGCCAUUCACUUGAGGGAGAGGAGAGAAGACACAGAGAGGAGGUAGAGGGUCAUCUCUCACCACCGCCGAUUCCAGGUCGUGCUCCCACCUCUCCGUCAGCACCAUUCGUGUCUGCUGCUGCCAAGGGUGAUGCGCUGCGAUCCCAGUUGCGACAGAGUCACUUGGUCUCUAUAGUCAUUCCGGUCUACAACGAGGUGGGCGCCAUUGCGAUCCUGGUGGAGAGAGUGGCUGGGGUUAUGAGGAGAUGUGGAUGGCGAUAUGAGAUCAUCUGUGUUGAUGAUGGCUCUACGGACGGCAGCACUCGCCUGCUGAAGGCAAUGGCUGCAGAACGGGAUGACCUUCUUGUGGUCAUCCUUCGGCGGAAUUUUGGACAAACGGCAGCUAUGACAGCUGGCUUUGACAGUGCGGCCGGGGAGUUUAUAGUCACGCUCGACGGGGAUUUGCAGAACGACGCGGAUGAUAUACCACGCUUGCUUGACUGCCUGUUGUACGGGAAAAGGGAGAGGGAGGACUUAAGUUGGGACAUCGGUGGCGAGCAUACUGUUAUGAGGGACAGGAUGGCUGCAUGGGGGCGGCGGCAAGAAGGGGGUCGCAGCCCGGUAUUCGUUGGAACAGGCACUGUUCGAGAGGAUGGGGGUUAUGAUCUGGUCUGCGGAUGGAGGCGGAAGCGCAAGGACAAUGCAAUCUUGAGGAAUCUGCCAUCGCGAAUCGCUAAUCGCUUGAUUGCAGCGGUCACAGGUGUGUAUCUUCACGACUACGGCUGUAGCUUAAAAGCUUAUAGGGCAUCUCUCAUCUCAACCAUUCGUUUGUACGGAGAGAUGCAUCGGUUCAUUCCUGCUCUUGCUGCGAUUGAGGGUGCAGCAAUCACAGAGCUUGAGAUUCGUCACCAUCCAAGGCCAUUUGGCAAGUCCAAGUACGGUGCACUUACACGAACCCCAAGGGUUCUUCUGGAUCUGGUCACUGUGCUCUUUCUUUCCAAGUUUCGCGACAGACCUAUCCAAUUUCUCGGGUUGAUUGGGCUGUUCUUUAUGUGUGCUGCAUCAAUUUGUGGAGCGUCAGGCAUCGUUACCAUGCUCCGGAACGCACGCAUCUGGGGCCUCACGCUGGCAUGGUCCAGUGCCGUUCCAACAAUGGUCCUCGGUCUGGAACUAUUUCUCGGCGGCUUGCAAAUGGUCCUGCUUGGCCUGGUGGCGGAAAUCUCUGUUCGCACUUACUUUGAAUCACAAGCAAGGCCAGUUUACCGUGUACGGGAGGUUGCAUCACCAUCGGCACCCUCAGCGUCGUCAUUGUCGUCAUCGCCAUCGUCGUCAUUGUCGUCACCGCCAUCGUCGUCAUUGUCGUCACCGCCAUCGUCGUCAUUGUCGUCACCACCAUCGUCGUCAUUGUCGCCACUGCCAUCGUCGUCAUUGUCGACACCGCCAUCGUCGUCAUCGUCGUCACCGCCAUCGUCGUCAUUGUCGUCACCGCCAUCGUCACCACCACCACCACCACCACCACCUUCCUCAGCAACCAGAUGACAUGGUGAUCAAGUUGUACAUUUAUUGGUUUGCGCGACUUUGCGGUCUAUGCGACGUUGCAUCAUCAUGGUCAUCCUUAUGCGAUCAUCAUCACGGUCAUCCCUAUGCGAUCAUCAUCACGGUCACAGGUUUCCUCAUCAUAUCAGCGACAACCAGGUGAAGCUGGUGAUCUGUCGGCAUUUACCGCAGUAGCCGCUCGAGUUGGACAACUGCAUUGUCCGUAGAACACGUCUUCCCUCUUUGAUGGGUAGGGCAUUGACAUACGUUUGCUUCAGUCCUGACACGCUUUUGCUCGAGUCCUGACCUACUUUCGCUCCAGUCAGGUGCAGCAGCCAGCCAUAGCCGCAUUUCCCCCUUGUAACUCGGCACAACCUGGUGUGAAAUUCAACAUCGUUUCUCUGUAUUAGAGCCCAUUUUCGCUCUUUGAUGGGUAGGGCAUUGCCGGACUUUUGCCCGAGUCAUAUGCAACUAGCCAACCGGACGCCCGGGCGUGUAUCCGGGCCGAAGUUGGGUGCCCGGGCGCCCGGAAAAACAGCCUAGCAUGCACAACCAGCCAGCCCACUGCUGUGUAGGGCGCCGAUGGACUUUUGCCCAAGUCAUGCGCAACCAGCCAUUGCUGUGUUUCCAGUCAUGCGCAACCAGCUCAUUAGAACAUACCUUUCCUUUUCGAUGGGUAGAGCAUUAGCAUAUGUAUUUGGUCGGAGUUGCUCGAAGCCAGUCAGAGCUGUGUUUGCCCCUUGUACCUCUGCGCACACAAUUUGACAUCACAUCGGACAUGGGUCUAAUAUAUCACCCACUGACACCCAGUGUUGACAGGUGUUUGGAUCAGUCCAAUAGCAUGGGUCUCUGAUGGGCAAAUAAAAACCAGUUUUGAGUCUUUUGACCCAUGUCCAAAGGUGGCCGCAAGGGAGGAAGGUCUGUACGCAGCCUGCCUGCCGUCCCUUCCCGUCAUCCCAUGUGCUCUCGUCGUUCCUGUUCUUUCCCUGCUUAACCUGGCAGGGGGUCAGUGCCGUAGCCCCCCCUUUCUCUCCCUCAACUUGCGUGUUUCGGUCGACUGCAAGUAUUCGUCGUUGUCUUCUUUUUUCCUGAAAUAAGCGUGUACGCCUUAGUAUGGUCAGGAUCAGAUUCGAACUCGCAAAUUACGACUUGUUCAUCAUCGAUUGUAGGUUUGUAUUAACUUUGUAGUAUGUACCAUUGAGUCAUCAGGCAGUCGACCCUGACUCCUUAGCUGGGGGCGAAGCCCCUCCCGGGUUUCCGUUUUUUUUUUUUUUUUUUUUUUUUUGUGGCUACCAGUAACACAACAAGUAGAGUGUUCUCACCACAGCUAGCUCCUUAUUCUUGUCAGAAGAGAAAGGUUCAGCGACGAAUCUGACGACCGCUUUGGAAGCUGAGAUGCAAUAAUUCUUUCACUGCUGAAGCUGUUGAGGUCCAUUUCUUUCUCAAAUUUAAAGCUUCUGCUGAGUUUGUUGACAGCCAAAAGCCCCCUCCCUCCCUGAUUCCUUGUUAGUAUACAAACUCAAAAGCUGCCGAGAGGCGAAUUAGUAGUGCAAGGGUAAGUGACCUCACCUCUUUCUUUCCCCUCUGAGAGCACACUCUUCGAAAGGGCUCCUAUCUCUGUGUACUGGUACGCGUAGCGGGCCGCGGUAGUAACGGUCAUUCUGUUUUGCCCUGUGGCUUCUGCCAAGUUUGUUGACAGCAAAAUGCUCCCUCCCUCCCUCCCUGAUUCCUUGUUAGUAGCAUACAAACUCAAAAGCUGUCGGAAGGCGAAUUAGUAGCACAAGGGUAAGGGAUCUCACCUCUUUCUUUCCCCUCUGAGAGCACACUCUUCGAAAGGGCUCCUAUCUCUGUGUACUACUGACACGAGUAGUGGGCCGCUGUAGUAAUGCUCGUUCUUUUUGGUGUUGUGGCUUGUGCUGAGUUUGUUGACAGCAAAAAGCGCCCUCGCUCCCUGAUUCCUUGUUAGCUAGUAUACGAAAGUGUCGAAACUUGGACAAAGGCUAUAAUUAGUAGUGCAAGGGAAGGAAGGGGUCCUCGCCUGUUUUUUUCCUCUACCACACUUCUUUGAAAGGGCUCCUAUGGCUCUGCGGUCUGACACGAGCAGCGUGCCUCUCUGAAUUCUGGAUGUCUCAAAUGAGACCCCUUUGCAUGGAGGGUAAUUUGUUAUUUUCUAUUCUUCUGCAGUCAUUCUGCCUUUAUGCCCUCCUCCUCUGUGGCGAUGAACCCACCUGUUAAACCAUCAUGACCAGAUCCACUCCAUUCUAAAAAACAAUGUACCUGUACACGAGGGGGUAGGACUGUACUGGAUGAAGUUUUGCCCUGGGCUGGGUUCGAGUUAGGGCUGCAAACGUCCCUUUUUUUUUUGGCUGCGCGUUUUUUGACAUGUAGAUUAUGCCAGGCCCACUUGGAUAAAUUCUUAUUUUUCAU